AUGGCCUGUGCACAUCUGUGCAGCAAACUGUCACAACUACAUGUAAAUCGGCAUGACGAAUGGAAGAGCUCAGAAAAUUUGAAAAACGAAAAAGAAAUGAAUAUGGAAAAUCCUUUUGCGGUGCAGCGUUAUCAUCAUCUUCGAGCUUUCGAUUUAAUAUCAAAGGCACUAAUAAUAGACGAAGAAAACAAUGGUCGAAAGGAAAGGGCAAUUGAAUAUUAUCGGAAAGGCAUAGAUGAACUGAGGAAAGGCAUUGCAGUGAAUUGUAGUCGAGGAACUGGUCCAACAUGGGAGAGAUCUAGGCGCCUUCAAGAAAAAAUGAAGACUAACUUGAACAUGGCUAAAGAUCGUCUUGAAUAUUUAGAGCGCAUGGCAAGACUGCAAGAUAAUGAAACAAAUGAAAAUGGAGGACCAAAUUUAACAGAAAAUUCUGAUUCUCCAAAUCUUGACGUUUUGGAAGGAAACACAUCUAGACGUCGAACAUGGCAACGUCCUGCUCCUCUAAAAUUGAAUAGUUGUAUUCAAGCGGAUACUUUUGUUGAUAAAAAUCCAAGUCCAACUUCACCAGGUAUAAAUGAAAGUGGGAAAAGAACAGUUCGUAAGAUUGGUGUUCCUGUAAAAAGCCUAACUUUACAUAGAAAUCUGCCAUCAUCUCCUCGCAAGAUUCCAAGUACGCCACCCAGAAAAAAGCCAACAACUCCUCCAUCCGUCCGACGGCAGCUUCUUCAACCUUCCAGGAAAGAUAAUCAAGCAAGAAAUGUGCUUCCUGUCCAAUCAAGACUUCAAAAAUUAAAUAAAAUUUUGAGCCUGAAAGGUGUGGAUUCCAAACUAACUCAAGUAAUCAUGGAUGAAAUUGUGGAUGGUGGGCCAGGUGUUACUUUUGAUGAUAUUGCAGAAAUUGGAAACAGGAACGCGAAACAGGCUUUACAUGAAAUGGUUAUCUUGCCUACUGUUCGUCCAGAGUUAUUUACUGGUCUCAGAACACCACCUAAAGGCCUUUUGCUGUUUGGUCCUCCUGGGAAUGGAAAAACCAUGCUAGCAAAAGCUGUUGCUUGUGAAUCAAAUUCUACUUUUUUUAACAUUAGCGCUGCCUCUUUAACUUCAAAAUAUGUUGGAGAAGGGGAAAAACUUGUCCGUGCCUUGUUUGCUGUUGCCAGGGAGCUUCAACCAACAAUUAUAUUCAUAGAUGAAGUUGACUCCUUAUUGAAUGAAAGAAAAGAAAAUGAACAUGAAGCUAGUCGUAGAUUAAAAACAGAAUUUUUAGUGGAAUUUGAUGGACUUCGUUCUGAUGGAGAUGAACGUGUUCUUGUAAUGGGUGCCACAAACAGACCUCAAGAAUUAGAUGAUGCUGCUCUUAGGAGAUUUACAAAGCGUGUUUAUGUAACUCUACCAAGUAAAGAAACUCGUAUUAAAUUGUUAGAAAAAUUACUUGCUAAACAAGAAAAUUCUUUAUCUAAAAGUGAUAUCAAGAAUCUUGCAAAAUUAACUGAAGGUUACUCUGGUAGUGAUUUGACUGCUCUAGCAAAAGAUGCAGCUCUGGGACCAAUUAGAGAAUUGAAACCUGAAGAAGUUAAAUUAGUAGAUCCCAGAGAGAUGAGAAAUGUGUCCAUGUCAGAUUUCACAGACUCACUCAAAAGAAUUCGAAGAAGUGUUGCAACACAGUCACUUGUUUUCUAUAACCAGUGGAAUUCAGAGUUUGGAGAUGUUACUAUUUGAUUGAAACUUUAUUUAGUCAUUAAAUUUAUGUUACAGAAAAAUUUCUAUGUAAUAGAAAAGUCAUAUUUCAAUUCUUCCUGAUACUAUAUUUUGUAUAAAAACUACUGCUGUCAAAAUUUUAAGAAAUAAGUUUGUUCUUUUAUAAUUAUAUGUAUUUUGUUUUGUUUGCAUUUUUAACAUAAUUUUUUUAGUGAUUUAAAUUUUUCGUUUUCUGCUGGCUCUGACCUAAUACUUCUGAAACUUUAGUUUUCACUAUAUCUUGAAGAUGUAUUUUGCAAGAACUAUCUGUAUUUCAUGCAUAUUAAUUAACUGAUAUUUUGAGUAUGUACAGUAGUCAUUUUUCAAAAUGUAAUGCUCUUGAAAACAAAACAAAAAAAAAAAAAAAAAAAAAAAAAAAAUUGAAAAUGAAACAUGCUAUUGUUGGAUUCCCUUGCUAACGAUACCUGUAACUGUAAGGAUCUCAUUUUACUGUAUAGGAUAUUUUACCAAAUGAGUGUUUCAAAAAUAAUUUCUGUAAAAUUUUAACUUAAAUUAUAUAAUGUGUCUAUUUAGUACUGAGGGAGUAUAUAUUGAGAGUUAAAGCUUCCGUCCGAUAAGCUCAAGUUGAACAUUUCUUGUUUCCUAUACUUAAACUUCAGAGUAAGACAACUGAAAGUACAAUCUGACAUAUAUGUUGUGCUUAUUGUUUGCUGUCUUGAAUUGUUUUUUUUAAGUGUAUUGUACUGUGGUUUCUUCUUCUCCCUGUAUUAUUCUUUUUCUAAUAAGUGCCAUGAUUUCUGCCAAUUUUUAUAUCAAUUUUCAAAGUGUUAAUCUAUUAUAUUGUGUUUAUGUACUCCCUUAAAAUAUGUAUAUUUAGUAGAAAUGUAUUGCGCUAGAAAAUUUUUUAUACUUCAUUUUGGCUACUGCAAGGAAAUUAAAGGAACAUAGCUUUUUUCAUAUAUUUUUGUAAAAUAAAAAAAUACUUAUAUUAUUACAUAUUCAUGCUGAUAUGCUUCGAGUACUGUGCCUGUGCAAUUAAUAUAGCAUGCGAUGUUGUCUAUGUAGCAGUUUUUAUAUAGGUUAUAUUGUCUGAGGUUUUUACUCAUUAAAUUUAAUGAUUUGUUGCUAUCCCCAUGUUAUGACCUGUUUGUUAUUUUAGCUAUAAAAUAGAUAUAAUUCAUAAUUUUUUCUAAUUGAUUUGUCUCAGUUAUGUGUAUGUAAUUUAGUUUCCUCCUCUAGAGGUAAAAAAUACUAUUAAACAGUCUGCAUAAUAUAGAUUCACAUUUUUUACUUCUAAUUCCCUUCUAGACUACUUUUGUAAUUAUCACUUGUAUAGCAAAUAAUGUGUAACGUGGAUGUAUCUUAUCAAACGCUAAAUAACUCUGUGAUAUUCAGAAUAAAAUUUUUAAUUAUU